AUGAAUGCCCUAUUCAUACUCGUCACAUUGACUUUGACAGUUGCAACCGUCGCGCAGCAGCAACAGCUCAUGGAUGCCCUUUUUAAAGACUACAAAAAGGAGCUGAGGCCUGUCAAAACAUUCGAUUCUGGACCAACGAAUGUCACUGUGCAGCUCUACUUCAAACAAAUCCAGAAAGUUCAAGAAAAUGACCAAAUAAUAACUAUCUACUGCUGGCUAGAAGAGUAUUGGUAUGAUGAAUUUCUCACAUGGGAUCCAAAAGAAUUUGCGGGAUUGACGUCUUUGCAUGUGCCAGCGGAUAUGAUUUGGAAGCCGGAUCUGCUUGUCUAUAACAGCGCAAAUAUGAACAUACGAGAAAAUGAACUGCAAACAAAUGUGGAGAUACGACACACCGGACACAUCUCUUUGUUUCGAGCACUAAUCACAGAUGUCACUUGUGACUUACGAUUGGAGCAAUUCCCGUAUGAUCAGCAAAUUUGCUACAUAAUGCUAGCUUCGUGGUCCUACGAUGGCUCACAAAUUAUGCUUUACACUGCGGAAGAACCCACAGCUGAGCCAAGUACGAAUAAGACAAACCUUGCUUCCCUCAAUCACUACAUACCAAAUAUGGAAUGGAAACUGAUAGACUUCAAGUAUAGAAGUAAUCUCAAAUAUUACGACUGUUGUCCGAAUGCUUACCCUGACAUUUCAUACUUCUUCGCUAUAAAACGAAAUCCAUCUUACUACCUCUUCACGCUGAUUAUACCAUCAGCAUUUAUCACCAUCGUCACUGUCGUCGGUUUCUUUACACCGCAAUCAUCAACUGGCGAGAAUACGGAAAAGGUCAGCCUAGGUGUGACUGCACUGCUCUCUUUGGCCAUUAUACUAAUGAUGGUAUCAGAUAAACUCCCAGCCACUUCCAAUUCUGUACCAUUACUAGGUCAAUACUACAUAGGAUUAAUCUUUAUAAUGUUCUUGGCUACGUACUGCACCACUAUCACGCUAGGGAUUCAGAUGCAAGGGAAUGCUGGUCGUCCGAUAUCUCGAAGAGUUCGUAGCUUUCUACUCUCUAUUCGAGUGAACAAGUCAUCCCUACUACAGUGGUUUUUUGGAAAAGAGUUAAUGAAUACUCAAGAGACUAUCAAAAUGAGAUUGAAGAAAUACGACAAACUUUCUGAACUGAAGAAGACGUUUGCCUCGGAUUUCACUAGCUUUCAGCAGAAGCUUCUCAAAACAGAGGACGGAAAGCAUGCUAAAUUACCAUUGAUCGAUGAGGAUACUCCUGAAGAAAGAGCUAAGAAAGUUGGAGAUCCUAUUCUUCACAAUGUCGUCAUUGAUCUUCUGGAAACUGUGCAGUGUAUAAGGCAAGAAAUGUUGACGCAAGAGCAUGUGAGUAGGAUUCGAAAAGAGUGGCAAAUGCUGGCCAGGAUGCUGGAAAAGCUGCUUAUGUGGCUUUUUAUCAUUUGCACUAUAAUCUUUGCAACUGUCAUGCUUUACGAUGCACAGGAUCCGCCGAUAAUUACGGACGAGAUAAUGAAAGAUCGGGCCAAGUAG